AUGCCGUCGAGAAAUUACGUUGCAGUGGGCUCGAAAAUUAUUGCUGAAGAAGGGGAUAAAAGUUUCAUUGAUUUGAAUACCGAGAAAUUAUGCACUCGUGUUUGUGUAAACUACCUGCUUGAGGGUGGAGAAGAUCCAAAAAUUUUGCCGGAUUCCGAAUAUCCACCAUGGCUUUUUGAACUGAACUUGGAAAAAAGAAAAGAAUUAGAAGAUUUGGACCCAGAAAUUGAUGGUUGGCUUUAUUGGCGAGCAUACCGAUUGCGACAAGUACGUCAAAUUCGUCGCAUAGAAAAGCUAUUACCAAAGUUUAUCAAUUUGCAAGACUCGCCGACAAUGCGAAAAAGUGGUUACCGAGGGAAGAAAACUUCUUUGUAUGAAAUAUGA